AUGAGGAACAUUUUUCAAAAAAUUGCACGAAGUGGUAACGCCCUAAAGGGUCAUAGUAACAAAAGUGUUUUUAACAUAAAUGGAAAGAAAAAUUUUUCUGGAUAUAAUAUUUAUAGUGAUGGAUUAGUUCACUCGGAAUUUUCUACUGAAUUAAAUACAGUAAAUGAAGUAGCUAAAAUUCCAAUAUUUCGUAUUUUAGAUACUAAUGGAAAUUUACUAGAUGGUUAUAAGCCCCCUUUUGAAGAAGAAGAAAUAGUAAACUUAUACAAACAGAUGGUAGAGUUUUCUAUAUGGGAUGAAAUAUUCUAUGGUAUACAAAGGCAAGGAAGAAUUUCUUUUUAUAUUGUAAAUGAUGGAGAAGAGGGCUUGCAGUUUGGAAUUGGAAAAGCAUUAAGUGUAGAUGAUCAUUUGUAUUGUCAAUAUAGAGAAACAGGUAUUUUAUUAAGUAGAGGAUUUGAUUACAACGACAUUCUUAAUCAACUUUUUGGAAAUAAAUAUGAUGAAGGGAAAGGAAGACAAAUGUGUAUAUGUUACACAAAAAAAGAUUUAAAUAUUCAUACAAUUACUACACCUUUAGCAUCCCAGUUAUCUCAUGCUGCUGGAUGUGGAUAUGCAUUAAAAUUAAAAAAUGAAAAAGCAAUUGCUGUUACUUUUUGUGGUGAUGGUUCUUCUUCUGAAGGUGAUUUUUAUGCUGCUGUUAAUUUUGCAUCAGUUAGAGAAUCACAAACUAUGUUUGUUUGUAAAAAUAAUCUUUAUGCUAUAUCCACUGGUAUAAAAGAUCAGUAUAGAGGAGAUGGAAUUGCACCUAGGGCACUAGCAUUAGGAGUUGAAUCCAUAAGAGUUGAUGGAAAUGAUUUAUUCGCAAGCUACUUAGCAACUAAAAAAAUGAGAGAUAUAUGUAUUGAAGAGUCCAAACCUGUUUUUAUCGAAUUUAUGUGUUACAGAUAUGGACAUCAUAGUACUUCUGAUGAUUCUACAUUAUACAGACCAAAAGAAGAAAGUGAGGCUUGGAAAAAAGAAGGGGUUCAUCCUAUAAGCAGAUUAUUUUUAUAUUUAAAAAAUAAUAAUUUGUAUACGGAUAAAGAUGAUGAAUUACAUAGGAAAAGUGUCAAGGAAAAAGUUUUAAAAGAAUUAAAAAAAUAUGAAAGUAUCAAAAGAUACAAUAUUGUGGGAGGUUUGUUUGAAAAUGUUUACCACGAUGAAGACUGGAACCUCAAGGAGCAGAGGGAGCACUUUGAAAACUACUUCAAGCAAAAUAAAAAUCAUUACGAUACUUCCAAGUUUGACAGUUGA